GAUUUUUAGUAAUGUCAAGCCAUACAUGCAUGUGAUGUAAUGUGUAGUGGAAUUAUGACUUUUCGGUUAAAUGAAGCAACAUUGAAAUAAAAAUAAGUUUAAAUUUCAAAUUACGUCAUAAAAGAUAAUUAUACAUAUAUUUUUAAAUUUAAAGCCAAACUCUGGAAAAAUAUAAUUUUAGUUAAUGUUUACCAAAAAUAUGUCUUCAAAAAUAUUUCGAGCUGUAAUAUUAGGACCACCUGCUGCAGGUAAAGGAACAAUAUCAAGAAGAAUAUUGAAAAAAUUUAAUUGCGAUCACGUUGCUCCUGGUGACAUUUUGCGUCUGCAUAUUGAAAAGAAUACUAGAUUAGGCCAACAAGCAAAGCGGUAUUUACAAGAAGGAAAAUUAGUACCAGAUGAUUUGGUAAUCAAACUGGUUUCUAGCAGUAUAAAUGAAAUUGGUAACAGAUCGUGGUUAUUAGAUGGUUUUCCUAGGACUGAACAACAAGCGCGGAUUCUUCAGCACAGCGAUCCAGUCGAAUUUGUUAUAAAUUUGAAAGUUUCAACUCAAUUAAUUAUAGAUAGAGCAAAAAAUCGAUGGGUUCACUUGCCUAGUGGGCGUGCUUAUAAUAUUGGUUUCAAUGAACCUAAGAUUCCAUUUAAAGAUGACCUCACUGGAGAAGAUUUAAUUCAACGGGAAGAUGAUAAGCCAGAAGUUUUGGAAAAGCGAUUGGACAUUUAUUGGAAAACCAUGCAACCAGUUUUGGAUUUUUAUAAAAAUUUGGAUAUCGUAUACGAUUUUUCUGGAAAGAGUACUGACGAGAUAUAUCCUAAAAUUGAAAAAUUCCUAACAGAAAGGACAAUCUGCUGCAGUAAAGCAGCUCUAAAUAAAGGAUAAUUUAAUAAUCAUUAUUCAUUGGGCCAAAAUUUUAAAGACAAUAGUUAUUACAAGCUUUUGAAAGUUAUAAAGUAGAUAUUUUUAAACUAUGUAUAUUCCAAAGUUAAAUUUAAGCUCAAAUCAGUAAUUAAAAAAUGUGAUAUGAAUGUAGGGUUUAUAUUAUGCCAGAUUAUUGUUAAUAAAUAUG